AUGGGCAGCGAAGAUGUUGUUCUGUAUGGCACAUGCAGGAGUAGCCCUUUUGUCGACAGAGUGAAAUGGGCUCUGAAAUUGAAGGGGGUGGAGUACCAGUCCGUUGAAGAAGACCUGUUGAACAAGAGCCCCAUGUUGCUGCAGUACAACCCAGUUUACAAGAAGGUCCCGGUGCUCGUGCACGCCGGAAAACCGAUAGCGGAGUCCACUGUGAUCCUUCAAUACAUCGAUGAAGUAUGGCCGCAGAAUCCAAUCAUGCCCGAGGACCCCUAUGACAGAGCCAUGGCCAGGUUCUGGGCCAAGUUUCUUGCUACCAAAUGA